AUGUCGAGCAUAUACGUGCUCGAGCCGCCGACGCAAGGCAAGGUGGUGGUUACCACCACGUUGGGCGAUCUCGAUAUCGAGCUCUGGCCUCGUGAAGCCCCGAAAGCGGUGCGAAAUUUCGUGCAGCUGUGUCUGGAGGGGUAUUACGACAAAACCAUCUUUCACCGCAUCAUAAUUGGCUUCAUGGUGCAGGGAGGCGGCCCUACAGGAUCAGGCACGGGGGUCGGGGGCGGGGACCCCACAGGAUCCGGGACAGGGGGCGAGUCGAUCUAUGGAGAGCCUUUCAGGGACGAGUUCCAUUCUCGCUUGCGCUUCUCCCACCGCGGCCUUGUGGCGUGUGCCAAUGCGGGUGCGCCCCACAGCAACGGCAGCCAGUGGUUCUUCACUCUGGAUCGCUGCGACUGGCUGGACAAGAAACAUACUAUCUUUGGCAAGAUCACAGGGGACACCAUCUUCAAUGCGGUGCGACUGGGGGAGGUGGAUACUGAUGACAACGACAGGCCGUUUGACCCACCAUCGAUUAUCAGCGUGGAGGUCAUCUGGAACCCAUUCGAAGACAUCGUCCCCAGGACACUGCCUGCAAGACAGCAGCAAGAAACCAUGGCGAAGAGCCGGGGCAGGGACAAAGAGAAGCGGCGGCAGCAGCAGUCUCAGGUCAAAGGAACCAAGCAGUUGAAUCUCCUGUCGUUUGGAGAGGAGGCGGAGGAGGAGGAGGCUCAACUGGAGGAAGCUAAUUUGAGGAUGAGGAGCAGUCACGAUGUGCUCAAGGACCCUCGCCUGCUGGCUGAGACAGCAGAGGCUGUUCAGCAAAAGCUGGCCGGACGGGGAGGGGACGCAGAGGGGGAAGAGGAAGACGAGGAGAAUGGGCGAAGAGAAGGGGGGAGAGAAAGGGAGAGGGGAGGGGGUAGAGAAAGGGAGAUGCUUGUUAGAGGGAGAGAUGGUGGCAGACAAGGGGAGGGUGCUGACGGUGAGGGUGGGAGCAGGAGAGGCAGGAAAGGGGAAGAGACGGGUGGAAAGAGGGGGAAUAAGGGCAGUUCAGUGGGUCCUGAGGAAGUAAGGGGGAGGGAGAGAGGAGGUGAGGGAGAGGGGGAAGGUGAUGGUGAGGAAGCAAGUUUUGAUGAGCUGAUGAGGAGAAGGGUGUUGGAAAAACAAAGACGGUUUGGGAAGCAUGGGGUUGCGAGUGAGGGGGGGCGGAGAGGGGAAAAAACAGGGAGAGGAGGAGUGGGAGAUGGAGGGGAGAGGGAGGGGAAAGGUGCAGCGAGGAUCCAGGAUGGGGCUGGCACCAGGGAGCAGGCAAAAGGGGGACGAGCGAAGGAGGAACGAGGAAAAGGGGAGGAGGAUGAUGAGGAUGGGAGUGGUGACAGUGAUGGUAGUGAUGGGAGUGAUGAUGAGGAGGGAGGGAGAGGAGGGAAGGGGAGGGUGAGGGUGGAGAAGCUGCGAUUGAGGAAAGGGGCGAAGGGAGUGGGGAAGGGAGGAGGGGAGGGGGGAGGAGGGGGAGGUUCAGCGGGAGGGGGUUUGCUGGGGGAGGAGGAGGAGAGGCGGCAGCAGAUGAGGCAGAGGAAACGAGCUCUGGGGUCCAGACAAGAGAAAACGCUUGAGCUUCUGAACCGCUUCAAGUCCAAGCUAGCGGCUUCCAAGACAACGCUUGAGCUUCUGAACCGCUUCAAGUCCAAGCUAGCGGCUUCCAAGACAACGCUUGAGCUUCUGAACCGCUUCAAGUCAAAGCUAGCAGCUUCCAAAACAGUGCAGCCGAGAGAAACACGCACGGACGAAGACAAGGAGGAGGGUGCAGAUGAGGGGAGAGCGGACAGAAGAGAUAGGGAGAGGGAAGGAGAGAGAGGCAGGGACGGGAGUAACAGCAGCAAGGAGGGCAGCAGAAAGCGAGGGUUUGUUGGUUCAGAGGGGAAGGGACCGGGAGCGGCGGCAUAUGGGCCGGGGGGGAAGGCGAGGCAGGAUGUGGGAGGGGAUGGAGAGGAGGAGGACGAGGAGGGUGGGGGCGUUGAUUGGAUGGCUCACCGGCUGAAGUUUGAAGUGAAGAGGAACAAACGGGACGAGAUGCUUCGCAAUGAUGACCCGGAUCAGUACGCGGUGCACGAUCCGCUGCUGGAGAAGGGAAAGGAGAAGUUCAACAAGAUGCAGGCCAGGAUGAAGAAGAGAAACCGAGAGUGGGCGGGCCGGUCGCUGGACUGA